GCGAAGCGUUGGCGCAACCCCCGUUGGACAUAAAAAUUUCGCGACGAAGAGGGGUGGCGAUGGUGGCAGUGGUGGCGGCGGCGAACAGCCGCGAGAUAUAAAUCGGUCCCGGGGAUCAGCGUCGCGGCGCGUCGAAACUCGUUCGCCAAUCAGAACGGGGCAGAGGCGUGGACUGGAACGGAAGCGGCACGGAGCCGAACGAGCGCAGAAGGGUGGUGGUACCAGGAACAGGCAGGAUAACCUUGAACAGGAGAGAGACAACGAAACGCACGAGGGCGUGUUGAGGGCUGUACGAUGGACGCGAGUGGGGUUAAUUCAACGGCAUGUUCCCGAUGCUGGUGAGUACAUGCCGGAGGCGCGUAGAAGGGGAAAAUAGAUAGGCUCCCUACCCCUUGCGACGACGACGACGACGACGACGACGUGGACGACGACGUGGACGACGACGUGGACGACGAUGUGGACGACGAUGUGGACGACGAUGUGGACGACGAUGUGGACGACGAUGUGGACGACGAUGUGGACGACGAUGUGGACGACGACGUGGACGACGACGACGUGGACGACGACGACGUGGACGACGACGACGUGGACGACGACGACGACGACGACGACGACGACGACGACGACGACGACGACGACGGUGACGACGACAACGGUGACGACGGUGAGGAUGACGGUGACAGCGGCGGUGGCAGCGGUCCGGAGGGAACAAGCGAGCGGUGCAACGAGAGGAGAACGCACAUGCGCCAAAGCCACGUUAAACUGCUGUCGGAGAGCGGGUUCGCGUGACUCGUCCCCGGCUCUCGUCAAUUAUGGCUAAGUACACGUAUCGCGUCUAACGCGGAGAGGACACAGAACGUGAUGGAACAGGUCGAUAGCGCGGCGAAGACGUCGUAUACACGUUAUUAGCGGGCGUCGUCACGCCGCGCUGUUCGAUGCCUUUGAUUAAGACCAAGCCUCGCCGUCCAAACACCGAACCAUGUUUAGACUAAUGUUAUUCACGGGUGGAGCCCUUUGUGCGAUUCGUUUGCCCUGCUACGAGACGCGUUUGUGCAGCAGUUACGCUAUACCAACAAGUCAGAGAGAAUCGACCGAUAGUCCAUCCGGGCAGCGUUGUUCGCGGAACGAUAGACGGACAAAGACGAUACGACGGGAAUAUUUGCGCUUACUCGGCAGAUUUGAUCGUGGAAACCGUAAUUUACGGAAAAGCUCGUUCGCAACAGAUUGCCUGGAAAGAGACAUCGUGCUUCGAAAUUUCAUUCGCUUAAGAAGACGGUGGAUUUCGCCGGUGGAACGAAAGGGACUUUACGCUUACACGGAUGACGGAGGAUGAAGCGUACGACGAAAGGUUCUUUUAAAUUCUGUUUGAUUUGAAGCGGAGGCAAGGCCUCGAGGGAAGGCCAAGCAAACAAGCGUUCCUCCGCCGUGGGCCGCGCGAGUUGUUCACCGGUUCGUUAUUACGACGAGAUGCACGCGGCAAUUACCGUUAAGUAUAGGUGUCCAUUAUAUCAGCUGAAAGAGAGAACCUCGGUUUUGAUGGAACGACUCGAUAAGAAUGACGGCGUACUGGAUAGUUAUUAGUGCUCGUCACGUCGCUUUACUCGUACGAGUGGCAGCACGGUGUGCGGUAUUUCGUUAAACGUAGACCCGAUGUAAAGUCAUUUUUUCCUUGCCUCGGGAGGCCGGUGUGCGUGCGCUACGAAGCACCUACUGGAUUUCUCUGCUGGUAGUAAUGGUAAUUUUAUCGGUAGUUGCGAACCCGCCUCGUUUCGCGUGCUUAACGACUUAUUAAGUCGCAAGAGGCGUGUUAAUCAGACACGGAUUUCGAUUCUUGCAUAGGAAAAAAUGUUUUUGGAACAUCCGCGUUCCUUCGGAACGAGAAGAAAGGUUCGUUGCUUUAAUCGUUGGUACAGAGCGGCGUACGGAUAGCCGAGUGACAUUCGAGACUCGAACUCGUUCGGAAUCUCGAUAACGUCCGUAUCGACCCGCUAACAUUCCCAUAAAUGUCAGAAAUUCGUGGCGCAGAAAAGUCCGAGUUAUGCGCCGGUUCUGCUAGAACCGCGAAACACUCGAGGACGUUGCGAAAGGUCUACUCGUGGCUGCUUAUUUGUUCGACCAACGAAUUCGACGUGCAUAGACUACGCGUAUCCAACGUGAUUGCUGGUCGGCGGAUAAAUAACAUUAUCCGUUAGCGCAUAAAUAACCUUUCAUCGAGUACUCGUCGAAGCUGCUUCGAACCAAGAGGUUUCCUCGCGAGUCCUUCCGUCACACGCUGCAAAUUAUCCGGCUGGAUCGUUGUCUCUUUAUUUCUUCAUCGAAUUAUCCACAGGUAUCGCGCAAGCAAAUUUUUCAUUCAGCCUGGCGACAAGCUAAAUACCUACGGUACACUCGGGGAUCGAUAAGGUAAUCACCGAAGAAAUAUCGGAGAAUCGAUUCGUCUUUGAAUUUACGAGGUUCUUGGCGGCGCACGCGUGUGGUCUACGAUCGAAGGAGGGAAGCAAGUUGGACGAAAGUGUAAAUUUCUGUGAAAAAAGCCGCUCAUUGAUGAAUAGUUUAUCGCGUCCCAGAGAGUCCCAGAGAGAGAGAGAGAGAGAGAGAGAGAGGGAGAGAGAGCGAGGACCGUUCCAAGUUCGUGGUCCUCUGACCAACCCCACCAUAACGAUUCGCUGCACGAGGUAUCCCCUUCCACCGACAGGACACAAUGGGCCCUACCUAAAUAUCGGGGGAUCAUGCUAAACGGCGGUAGAUCAAAGGGACCGACAGAAUCCAGUGGCGAGCUAUCAUAAUAAUUAGGCUCGCUCGCGCCUCUUUGUAUCGGGAUAGAAAAGCCGACGGGAAGGCCGGAGAGACGAGAAGAAAAAGUACCGGACGGACCGUUGCUCUGGUUCGGUAUGCCUUUGCUGCUCCAACUGCACUGCGCUAUCUCUUCUUCGUGCCUCUUGGUCCUUCCCGCCUUGGUCUUUGCCAAAUCGUAGCUAGCCUCCUAAGAGGCUCACGAUUCCCAGUUACGCGUGAUCUUCGAUCGUUGUCGCGAUUUCCACUCUUCCGUUACGCUCGAAACAACGAGUAUAUCUCUUAGGCAAGUCCAAAGGAAAGACCGUAGUAUCGAUUUGUAUUUUGUUAGGGGAAUUACGUAAACGGAAGGCUUUUAUUACGGUUCGAGGAGCUACGCGACGAAAAAACGGGUCGAUUUCGUUGGGUUGCGAGUUUAGUUUAUCUUUGGGAAUGACGAGGCGCGUGAAUCGUAAAGCGGUAGAAGCUUGCGGACGUUGUUCGCGUAUGGAGCAAGAUUUGCGGAACGUUCGCAGACGAUUCGCGAGCUUCUGCGACGUAUGACGUAGCAGCAGCUUGUAUACGAUAUUCGCGGUCGAGGUAUGCGGACAAUCUCUGCAAAUGACUUUCGAAACGCGUUGAUCUAAGCAAAUUAAGCGCUCGAAUUGCGUUUCAAAAGCUUGUCCAUCCGAAUGGAAAUUAAUUUACGAAGACCGAGGCGUUUUCUGUGAAACUCCAAAGUCACGCAACCGUUCCUAAGAUAGAGACGAAAAGAGAAAGAGAGGCAGUGGGAAGGGCAGAGAGACGAAAGAUACACAGGUCCUCUCUAGCGAACUGUGAAGCGGUCAAGGGGGCAAAAUUCGAUCUUCUGUGGCAAGAGGCUUGAUGGAUAUUUUCGUGUCGUGUCGGCUGCUAGUUGUCGACCAGAUUGCUACAAUUACAUGGCGAGUGAAUCGAUUCUCAGCACCGAUCGCGGAUAAUAGUCUGUAUGUAAUAGUCGCGAGAUACCUUUCUAGACUCGUUCCGGACGAGCGCGGCUCGAAACGACGUUAUUCGGUCGACGAUUCCUUCCACUCCUCUCCUCCCUCCCUCCCCGUCCCUGCCUGUUUCGACCGACCCUACACGACGAUCGUUGCCAACGAUUCCGGAAACAUGUUCGCCAUCGAGCACCGCGGGUGACUUCCGCUUGUCCCGACCGAUCGUCGUCAAUGGCUGAAACCUCGAUUUGGAUAGACAACGCUACGGAGGAACAAACAUCCAUAAAAGAAGUAAAUACGAGCUGCGAUCGUAUCGAGCUUCGUGAAGGUCGGCCUUCGUAGAAACGAAUUUCUUCCUCGAUCAUGCCGAUUUCUUGCUUCUGUUUUCUUACCAGAGAAAAUGUACGCGCGUGUACGUAGAUUUUGUUAUCGAUGGAUGAAAUGGAACGGGAUUGCUCUGCCAUUACCGUGAUCGACUGUGACAAGCACUUUGUACCGAAGUUGGAGUAAUAGCGAUAAAGCGAUAUGUAUGUGGUAAUAAAGGACGUUUCGCAUCGUGGCAACAGUGUCCGUUCACGCGUCGAUGAACGAAGCAACAUCGGAGAAACUCGGAUAAGAAUCGGACCGUACACGGACGAUGCGACGACGUCUAAAGGAAGGAAAGAGGAAAAAAAAAGGAAGAAAAGAAGAGAGAAUGGAAGACGAUCGCCAGCGAGAGAACGUGGACGAACGCGAGUUUGGAAAUCGCGCUAUUUGGUAAGCGGUGGUCCGCGAGUGGCGGCCGAGCGGAACUUGGAUAUCGGCAGUCCGGGUGGGAUGGAAUCACGGUGGGCCUCGUUAGGCGAGCUUUUCGUCGUGGAGGGUCAAUCCCACGUUCGCAGUCAACUUGGACGAAGGAAGAAAGAGAGAGAGAGAGAGAGACAAAGGGGAGAAAGGAGAGAGAAGAUAGUAGAGCCGGAAAGAGAGAAAGAGCGCUACGUACUGCGUGUCGUGGAGGAAGGAGGACGAGCCGAGGGAGGGACGAAGCGGCGAAAGAGGAAGAGAAAGAAAGAAGGAAGGAAGGACGAAAGGGCCGGGGUACGUUAAGGCUGGUGGAGCAGCGCCACGGGACGUUAAGUACGUCUCGUAAAAAUUCCAUCGAGGCAGCGUCAUUUUGCCGUGUCUAAGGGGAUACGGUUAGGCCUGACCGGGGGUUUGGAUAGGCAGGACUAACCCUGAGGCCGCCCAUGCAACACCGACUAGGAACGUCCCAUCGGCAGAGGUGGUGCACGAACCGACCAGACGUAGUAGGGGAUUCGAACGAUCGUGCUCCCUCCUCCGGUCGUGUUCGAGGCGGUCGAGAGCCAAGUGCCUGCCCCCGCAGGAACACCGGCUCGAGAUACCCGUCCCCGUACCAUUUCGAGUCACUGGCUUGGCCUGGCCUGAUAGCGAGCCACGAAAUCCCGUAGCUCGUUUACCAUCCACGUAUUGACGUUUCGUCCGCGUCUACGGAACCGACGUUCGAUAUGCUCGCGUCUGACCACGGGAUCACCGGACUAUUCGGAUCGUUGUGUGCUACGAGGCCGUGAUAGUGUCGCGACCGAGACGUCCGACAGCGUUACGCGCGUGUGAAAUUCCGUUUCUAGCGUCAGACAACGCUCCGCGUUUGUUUCGGAGCGGACUCGUUUCGGAGUGGACUCGUUUUGGAGCGGACUCGUUUUGACAGCAAAGUGCGAGUCGUGGACCGUGGACAAGACGAUAAGGAAGACGCUCGACUGCGAAGACGGUGGUGCCUGAGUGCCUCGGGAUCGGACGAACCCUCGUACGUAUCGUUGGAUCGCUCCGUUUUCUCGUUCGUGUCCUCUGGUAAUCGUGCGAGAAUCGAUUGGAAAGGAAGAUCGUUUCGACGAGGAUCCAAGGAUGACAGGUACGCAACGACGGACAGUACGGUGGGAGUCGUAGGAGGUUACCGUGAUGUAAGAGGGACCGUUGAAACGAUGACUGAGGACGAUCAGCGGGAAUUACAAUGACGGUGCAUCGUUGAAAGCAGAAAUUGCGUCGGAAAGUGGAGCGGCGGUCGCGUUGCCUCGUACGAAAAGCACACGAUGACUCGUUGGAUCGGAGAGGACCAGCAGCAGCCGGUCUGAACGAGACUCUCGACGACUUGGUCGGAGAAUCUAGCGCGAAAAUGCGGCCAAGUGUUGGACGAAAUUUCAGUGUCGAUGGAUUUUGAGAAACUCGCGAAUGUUGUCGUUUCGCGUAUGGGUGUAGCGUGUGAACCGUUGACCGUCGAUUGAAUCGAUCCUGCGAUCGUUCGUCUCGUCGGCUCCUUACGUCGUUUCCGGAGAAUCGGCCGCGCGUCACAGGGAUCCGACGAUCGUCCGUCAGGAAUGUGCACCACGGAAAUGACAGAAUCGUACACGAUGUCGCCGUCGACGACGGUGUCUUCCAGCGCCACGACGCCGGGCUGCCUAGGUUCGCCGGCUCACCGACGGACACCUUGCCGAGCCUCCCCCGGCCGAGGCGACGUUCAGGACGACGAGGACGAGAUCUCGGUGGGUUGCCCGAGCCCCUUGCCUCUGGUCGUCGUCGCUCCCAGCGCGGACGACGACGAGAGGUUGUCCCAAUCGAGGGAGGAGUACGCGGAGAGACUGAGCCCGCGAAGGAGUUACCCGAGAGAUUCCGUGAUCGACGACGAGGACAGUUACUCUCGCAGUGGCGAUUACAGAAUGUCAAACGGAAGAGGCCUGCGCACCCACGAGAGCAGCGGCGGCGACUCCGUGACUACGUUGAGAGACGAGGAAGAGGACGACGAGGACGACGAGGAAGCGAAUAGCAGGACUAGCAGUAACGGUGCCUCGGCGGCCGGUGCCGCGGACGAUUACUUCAAACCCUUGAAACGGCUGAAGAUGGUGCAGAUGCAGCACUCGGACGAGGAAGACGACAGGGAUCGAGACACGAACGAACGAGGAGUAAAAUCUUUCAGCAUUCUGGACAUUUUAUCGCAUCGGCCAAAGGCGAAAAUCGUACGUCCGUGGGACACGGUCGAGUCGAAUCUCAACCACCACCACCACCAUCACCGCCAUCAUCUCCAGCAACAGCAGCAGCAGCAGCAGCAGCAGCAGCAGUCUCAUCAUCAGCACCAUCUGCAUCAUCAUCACAACCAUUCCACGACGCCGAGGGAUCUUUCUUUGAUGGGUAUGUCCCUGGCGUCUAUGUCGGGCUCCAUCAGCGAACCACCUCUUAGCAGCUCGUCCUCGUCCGGGAGGAGCUCCGUCUCCGAUUCCGGAAGUCCCGAUCCAUUGGGUCAUCAUCAUCACCACAGUUUGCACCACGGUAUGCAUCCUGGACUGCAUCAUCCGGUGUUACAGCAGCAACAACAGCAGCAACAGUUCAAGAGGAAAACGUCUCAGCAGCACGGCUCUCAGAGCGGGCAUCACGGGAAAAGGACAACGGGACAGGGAAGUCCUCUGGACGCGUUGUUCCAAAUGACCAGCAAAACGUUCGACGCCGGCGAGCACAGUCAAGAGCAAGCGAAUCAUCUAAACCUGUUCAACAACCGGCAGCAGCCGAAGAAGAAGCGCAAGAGUCGAACGGCGUUCACCAAUCAGCAGAUCUUCGAGUUGGAGAAACGAUUCCUGUACCAGAAGUACUUGAGCCCGGCCGACAGAGACGAGAUCGCCACGCAGUUGGGUUUGAGCAACGCUCAGGUAAUCACGUGGUUCCAGAACAGACGGGCGAAGUUGAAGAGGGACAUGGAGGAACUGAAGAAGGACGUGCAGACGGUGAACCCGCUGCUGGUCGCGCAACAUCACAAGACGUUCUUGGAGAACGUGCAGGAUCUUGGGAUCUUGAAGAAACGACCUCUGCCGAGCAGUAUGGACGAGAAGUCGUAGGGAACGAGACGCCUCGAUGCUCGUCGUUGAGGAAAAACCGCGAUUUCUCGCAACUAGAGGCUCGCCAAGGCAGCCGUCUGCCGAGAGUAAUCGAGAAAGAUAAUCGAUCGAUCGUUGGAAACGUUCCCUGUGUUUGCCUAACGCGACCUGUGGGAGGCUACGCGAGGGUCGAGUCGGAUCUUCUUUUCUACGUGCAUCGACUCGACAGGGUCACGAGUAGGACUCUCGCAGUUUAGUAUCUACUUGGUAGGAGAGAGCACGAGGAAAAUACGGAGUCGAUCGAGAUCAUCGUAUGGAUCGACCGUGAUCGUCGCGACAGCGUGUCUUUCGGGUGUAUCGUAAUCGAUGCGUAGGGACGGAAGGACAAGGCAUAGUACAAAGAAAGCGUCUUCUUCGGCAACGUAUCGCGGAGAACGGACGAAGACGAAGCCGUUUCGGCGAGAUUGUAUAGGAAGAUAUUGUUGGAUAUUGUUGGAAGAAAUGGGAUUUAUUCGCGGAGAUAAGGUCGUCCGCGACGUUUCUUCGUCGUGAAGAUGUACAAAGACUGAAUAGAGUCUGCAAAAGUCUGCAACGGUCUGACAAGACGGAUAAUAGGCGUCGUUGGUGACCCGGUCCAAAACGAUCGUGUCGACGUGUCAAGAUGGGGACACCGAAUGGACGACCCUUUCGGAGGUAGCGACUCGUCGAUCGCUGUAAAAUGUUUUGUAAAUUAAAGACUGCCAAAUAUUCACAGCCAAGCCCCGUCGAGAACCCGUCGAUGAAACCAGACGAUGUUUUUCGUGUUACAGUCGCGAUCGGACCACCCUAUUUCAUCGGGUGUUUUACAUGGAUUCUUAUCGCAAAGGGUUAGAAGGGAGGCGCGCAAGCAAAGUGUAAUCCACGUUACACGAAAGAGAGUAAAGUACGUAUCCUGUACGAAACGUCGAACGAAUGUCACAUUUCCUUUAACGAAUAUCUAGGACGAAUUGCUGCGACCGUUCUGCGGACACCUGUACCAUAUUGUAUUUAUUUGCGGAAAAGCGAAAGAAGAUAAUCGUGGUGAAUAAAAAAAAAAAAAAGCCAAAAGAAAUCCGGAGGAAGCAUCGGCGAUUUACGUAAGUUAUUAAGUAAUUAUUAUAGCGUAUAAAUUAUAAAAGAGAGCCGUUCAGUCGUGAAGUGCUCGUCGUUGUACAUAAGCUAUAUAUAUUAUAUAUACAUCGUUCAUCCCUCUCCCCGCCCUCCCCCUCCGAUAAUAUUACGCAUAAACGAGAUAGAUUUGUCGAGCAUGAUUAGAAUAAACGAAAAGGGAGACAACAGGACAAACGAAUAUAAAUAAAUAGAUAAAUAAAUAAAUGGAAGGAGAUUUAUAAACGAUAGAUGGGAUACUGCAAUAUACCUGGUCAACAGUUUAAUUAGUGAGCUUUAUGAUCGCGUAAGAUGUAAAUCCGUAUCGCGCUUGAUGGUCUGCGAGGUGAUAGACGCGUGAAAGGGAAGCAGAGAGUGCGUGUGUGUGAACGGAAUCUUAGUAGCGUGUAUAGUGAGUCGAAAUAAACGAAGACAUUUAAAAUAAA